GUGGAUAUGAGCCCCAAACCCGUAGAGGGAGAGAUGACCGUGGCCAAGUUUUUGAGCGAAACCAAGUCGAUUGAGAAUGGAAUCCAAAGACUGAUUGAUAUUGAAGCCAAGCUGAGAGGAUAUGCGAAUCAAGCACAAUAUUCACUAGACAAUGUUCCAACUGCGGAUGUGGAGCAAAUCACUUCUAAAAUGUCGGAUCUGAUUCAAUCUUUGAAGAAACGAAUUGAUGAUUUAAAGAAUCACAUUUCCUCGCAUAAGGACACUUUGAACCAAAGUGAUUUGAAAAUGGAGCAGAACGCUCUGGAUACAACUGUGCGCAAGUUGGCAAAUGCGGUUCAGAAAUACAACGAAACACAGGUGGAAUACGAUAAAAACGUCAAGUCCCACGUGAAACAAGUAUUGAAGGCCGUCGUGAACAAAACCGAUCAAGAGGUCGAUGAAUUAGUCGAGUCUGGAAACGGUAUCGAGGCCAUCCGCAGCGAUGAUGGGUAA